AUGCCUCCAGUUACAACACCGGAUACACAGGACCACCAAGCUUCAUCCUCGUCGAUGAUGCUCAAGGAACGACGCUUCAAACUGAGCAGGGCGUGUGACCGUUGCCGUCGAAGAAGGAUAAAAUGCGACGAAGGCCACCCUUGUCAAGCAUGCCUAACUGCAGGUUCGUCCUGUACGUUCGAGGAGCCAGGCAAGAGAACACAUCCGCACAAGUCGAAACGCACAGCGACCCUGGAAGAUCGUAUGCACCACCUCGAGACUCUGAUUCAAGCCAUUCCACCUGCUGUCUUCGCGGCUGGUGGGGCAAUUCCUCCAGGACACCCUGCUCUAGAUGGUGCCACCAGCCCCAUAACCCCGUUCAUGUACCCUGCUGGAACACCCUCAGGCGUACCCCCACCUUCACUACACGUAUUCCCUCUAACAAAUCCAUCCACUCAUUUCACGCACGAGCCAAAUGUCGAUGAAAGUCACCACAGUCCCCGACAUCCAUUUUCCUCCCUUCUUGGUUCCCUAUAUCCACAUGCACAUCACCCAGAUCAAGCAACGGCUGGGUCGUCGCGAAUGUCCCUGACGUCAUCGUACCUUUACUUUGACGAUGAAGGAUAUACCAGGUGGCAGGGUGAAACGUCUGGUCUUCCCGUACUCGACUUGUUGGUGGAGCGACAUACUCCUCCCAACAAUAGAGAGCAUCACCACCACCACGCACCUCACCGUGAUGAUACCCAAAACGGUCCCUCCAUCCCAACGGCUGCAAACCCAGACUGGUUCCCCAAUCGACAACCUCGGCGCACUGAUGUUAACCCCCAAACGUUAUGGCGAUUUAUUACAACCUAUAUUGUGCCGGAACUCAUGGACAGUCUCGUCCAGUGCUAUCUAUCGACGUCAUACUAUAUCCUACCUUUCCUUCAUGUUCCUACUUUUCUUGCUGACUAUGGAAAUCCUCAGAAGUGGGCAGAACCAGGUUUUGCCGCUUUUAUCGUCUCUAUUUGCUGUCUUGCUUCGAGGCACCUGGAUGAUCCCCGCGUUCGCGCUGACCCCAAUGACAGUAUUUCUGCGGGCACCCAUUGGUUCGACCUUUUUGCCCGGUUACGCGCUCUCCCCAUUGCCGACCGUCCAACCCUAUACAACAUCCAAGCCAAUCUGAUAGCGGCUGUCUACGCCAUCGGUCUUGGCAAACUCUCGAAAGGGGCCUCGAUACUCGCCGAAGCCGUUACCAUGUGCAUCGACGCUGGGCUGCACCGCUCAGCGGACACAUACGAUCUUUUCGACCCCAUUGAAGACGAAGUUCGGAAACGUACUUUCUGGUGUGUAUAUAUCUGGGACAAGCAACUUGGGGCACAUUUUGGUCGACCUUCACUACUCCGGUUGCGGGAUUGUGAUGUACCGGAGCCAUCACCGGUUGAUGACGAGUUUAUUACACGGGAAUCAGUUGGCGUACCUCCGCCAGGCACGGAGUGUCGACUGAGCGCGUUCAUCGUGUCCUUGCGGAUCAUGGUCGUUCUUGAAUCGAUCCUUGACGUUCCUCCCGCGAGACAAUCCGACGAGUCGUCUUCCUUCUUGUUGAAGGCGGCGAAUGUUUUGUCUGGCGCGCGUAGAUUCAAGGAGAUGCGCGAGGAGGAGGCGCUUUUGGACUGCAUUCAUCAGAAUAUACCUGCCCAUUGGGCUCACUCACCUGAGACCCUCGCCAGUGAAGAUACCAUUCGCUUGACGCAAGCCGAACGCCUGCAUUGUGCCGAGCAAUAUGUCCGGCUUUUAAUCUAUCGACAUCGGUUUUCGGAGCUCGUGGCGGAGAGAACUAGUGGCCCCGUCCAGGAGGAACAGACUGAUGCUGAGAAAGAGGCUCUGAUAUCGGCUCACAACGCUGCUCUGCAGAUUGUCGGCGCUCAUCUGCACAUUGCCAAGAAGGGCCUCAUGACAUACUACGGUGUCCACGUCAUUCAUCAAUUGACCCAGGCUGGGAGAACCUUGGUCGCUAUUUUACUCUGUUGCAAGACGGAAGCGCUUCAGAAUUUGAUACCUCUCGGACUGGACGCGCUUCGCACCUGCAUUGGGCUGCUUCGUCGGUUUAGCGGACGUUACGUCUGCGGCCUUCGAUCAGGGGAUUUAAUGGAAGAAUUUUGUCGACUCACGAAUAUUCCUCUGGAAACAACUCGUCAAGAUGGAGCAGCAGACACCUCUCGGCCACCGUGGAUACGGCCUGUAAGGAAAAAGGCACCCUCCAUUGCGCGUUCGAACAACAGUGGCGACUCUCCUUCCCAUCACAGCAGUCCGGAGGCGUUCACCCCAUCUGAAUUCUUCAAUGACCCGCCCAAAAAUGGAAUUGGGUUCUCCUCAGGCUCGUCCUCUGCCUCGGGGUCAUCUUCGUCUAUUCCUAAUCCAGCACCGCAAUAUUCCAACGGAACUCCGCAGGUUCGACACCCUUCGCCCACGGCGUAUAUGGAUACCUCGUCAGGGGGUCUGGGAAUGGACAUGAUAAGGGAAGACACGCAAAUGUAUAUGUCACCCGGGGAGAUGAUGUCGCUUUUUAGUGAUGGGAAUGUUGAUGUCGGACAUCUCUUCUCUUCCGAAUUCAUACACCAGCAGCAGCAGAAUGACCGUCAAGCUGGGACACCGGUUACGGGGGGCUUUGGUAGCCCUGUGUUCCUCAAAAUGAAUGGGCUGGUAUCCUCGCCAUAA